GCCGCUCGUUAGCUUCUUCCUCUUUCUUUUGUAACACGAACGUUAUUCGAUCUAUUCGCUGUCGCGCCACCAGCGUGUUUGCCGGUCACGUCAGUAGCGUUACCUAGUAGCGGAGCACUCGGCCAACCGGCGUUCACUCGGCGCAGCUAGCCGCCAGGCUCCCGUCGGGGUCGGGGCGAACACGUCGAGCUAACAGCUCCGCUCAGCACCGUGCAUGUGCCGACGCGCCUCGGCGGUCGCGGACUGGCACGCGAGCACGCAGCUCGCGGCGUGGCUGUCGAGCGGCUAGCGGCGGCCGAGCCUCCCCGGAGCUAGCGACGUAGCCGCGGGCUCGCUAGCUCGCCGGGUCCGUCGGUCGGGUUCAGUGUUGGGGCUCUGACCGUGUCCCCGUCACCGCUCCAGCGUCGCUCGAAGCGCGCUGGUCACCGCGUGUCGUUUGAAUGCGGAGCAGGCUAAUGAGAUGUGGGGGAUUAAAGUAUUAGCCUUUGUUUGCGAAGCAGCUCCUUUACCCCGAGUGACUUGUUGUUGUUGUUGUUGUUUGUAUUAGACGGUAACUUGAGGGCACGAGCACGACUGGUCCUCUUCAGUCCGUCAGCCAGAUGGGCACACACCGCAGUCGUCACCCUGCGGAUGUUCCGUUCAGUUCAGUGUCGAGACACGUCCAGAUUGAUGCUCACGUGUGUUGUGGUGCUGUGCUCUUUUCUGUGGAAGUGCAGUUCACAGGAGUUAGUCCACGUCCAGUGGGACAUGCAGAUCAGACUGUGCACGAUAGGGAUCCUGGACAUGCACCUGUCACCAGCCUUGCCGAGAUCCAGAAGGAUGUGGAGUACAGAAUACCCUUCACGGUCAACAACUCCACCAUUAAUGUCAACAUCCUGCUACCUCCUCAGUUCCCACAGGAGAAGCCGGUGGUUAGUGUCUACCCCCCUGUUGGUCAUCAUUUAGUCGACGGCAAUAAUGGCACCAUGAUCACUAGUCCCCUCAUCACUAAUUUUGGGAUGCACUCGGAUCUGGGAAAGGUCAUUCAGAGUCUGUUGGACGAGUUCUGGAAAAGUCCUCCUGCCUUGAUGUCCACUGGUUCCGCUGGCUUUCCAUACAGUAUGUACAAGCCAUCAGGCAUUGCCCCUUACCCCACUCAGGCUUUCCACUAUGGUCCUCGUCACAUGGGUCCCAGUCAGGCGCCACCUCCUGGUCCGAGCGCAGUUCCCUCUCCGGCUCCUCACCCGGGGGUCGAUGGUGCCCACGGGCCUCCUCGUGCUCCAGCUCCGUACGGACUGCUUUCUGACCUGCCACUGCCUGUACCUACCGGAGACUCACAGGCUGGACUGAACGGACAUAUGUACAAGAUGCCCGAAAUCCCAGAGUCCUUCCCUGAACUCUGUGACAUGAAUCUGACCCAUCUGUCAGAUAUGUCUGAAAAUGAGGAUUUGCUACUGGAGUUCUUUGUGAGUUUGCCACAGCUCAAGCAGGUCACAGAUGAUAAAGAAGAGCUGGUCACCAGCAUAGUGGACAUGGCUAAGAAAAACCUUCAGAUGGAGCCACAGUUGGAAGGAAAAAGACAAGAAAUGCUUUACAAGUACGAACAGCUGACUCACAUGAAGUCGGCCUUCGAGACAAAGAUGCAGAGACAGCAUGAACUGAGUGAGAGUUGCAGUCUUAAUACUCUACAGGCUCGGUUAAAAGUCGCUGCCCAUCAGGCAGAAGAGGAGUCGGAGGAGACGGCUGAAAACUUCCUGGAGGGACGCACCGACAUAGACGAAUUCCUGACCAGCUUCAUGGAGAAGAGAACGCUUUGCCACAGCAGAAGGGCCAAAGAGGAGAAGUUGCAACAGUCCAUCAACACACAUGGACCGUUUCCUACCAGCCACUAGAACAAAAGGUUUGGUGUUUUCUCAGCCUACUGCUGCCAACUAAAAGGAUAAAGACAUUAGAGAGGACGAAAAGCACAUGGGCAACAUGUGGCACCUUGGAGAAAUAGGAAGAUGAUGGCAAUGGUUGGCUAAAAAGAAGCCUGUUGUGCUCAGAUCUGGGCAAAAAAGAAAAAAAAAUUGAUCGUGUGAGAGCAAGAUGGAUAAUUUAUGAAGUCACCACAGGAGGCCGAAACUGAAAGAGUGACUGUCACAUGCCCAGCUCUUCAACCACAUUACUAAGGAUUGAUCACAUUGUGGAUAUUUUUAUUGCACAUUUUGUCAGUCCGGUUUGACAAAGAGUUUUAUUUCUUUACAGGAUUUGUGCCACGUCAAGUGCACCUGAUCGGAGUGGUUGGUGAUGUGAACACUUUUGACAAAGUACAAAUGGCUUCUGACAGUAUUCCCAGUCUUAUAUUUUCCCAUGCAGUGAUCAUUAUUAAUUAUCUCCAGUCUCGAUUUAUUUUUUUGUCUGGACAGACAUGAGGAACAGCUUUUGCACGUUUUAUCUGGAAAGGUUGUUCUAGCCAUUUACAUACAUCACAUCACUGUGGUGUCAUUGUCAAUCCAGUUUGUAAUUUGUCAUAACAAAUUUGGGAUUGGCCAAUGAAAAAAAGAAGCAAGGACGGGUAGAUGUUUUCAACUCGGGCUGUUGAAAUUUAAAGUGUGCAGUUUCUGCCUUGAGCAAUUUCUUGAAAGCAUCAUAAAAAUCAGUGUGUUUGCACCAACAUGAAUAAUUUGAUCAAACACAUUAAUGCAAUACCUACCACAAUGUUAAUUUAUCUACUAUACGUUGUCAGAAAUCUGUAUCAAAGUCAACGUAAACCAGAUAACAUACAACAAUUAGCUUGUUUCAGUUAGGGGUUGUGGUUCUGUUAUUAGUGCAGAAACCAUGAAUUGACCAGUUUAACAUUAUUUCAGCUCAAGGGGAAAUCACAGUACUGUAAACCAUGUAAACGGUUUAAUUACACAAUUAGCUAAAUUCUAUGCUUCUUUUACAAUGAUCAAAUUAUGUUUGUAUUUGUAAACACACUGAUGACCAUUUGUCUCAGAAAAUUACGAUAACACAACUUUCUUUUUGAAAUGAAGCCCUCUGAACUUGAAAUGUUUGAUGAAGAGCCUCAGAAGUUUUGGGACAAUGUUGAGGAAUAUUAGGUUAAAUGCUGCAGCAAAACUGACAUUGGAUACUGUAUUUAAAUAAUGUUAAUAAUAGGCUAUAUUGUAAUCAAAGACUCAGACACCUUGUAUUAUAUGUUCUUAUUUAAUUUGUUAGGGUAAUAAAACAUUUAGAAUAAA